AUGGAGUGUGGCAAUCAUGCAGAGCUGCAUUUUCGGCAUUUGCCAGCGGCUGACAACCCUCCCCAAGUAGCGCAUCAACGCCCGCAGAUUAUCGACCGCUCAAAGGAGGCCAGUAACCUCGAUGAUUCCACAAGAAGCCCUGAAUACCAGAACGCCGGGCAACUUGAGCUUGAAGAGCCCAUUCCGAGUUAUUAUGAUGACAAGAGACCGCCAAACAUCAACGAAGAUGAGGACGAUGACAGUUCUUGUCGAGCCCAGCCUCACAGCCUUGCUCACUUUGGCUCGAAGAAUUCAAUCACGACUUCUUUCUCGUCCACUGCAGCAACGAGGGGUAAGGGCACACGUGGAAGGUCCUCAGAUUCAUCUUUGUAUGAUUCUGCAGAAUCAGUCUUCCAAUGGAACCGCUCACACGAGCUCGAAAGGCUGCCAUACUUGUCCAAUGUCCCCACUGAACAUCACUUUUCAAAUCUAUCACACAAUUUUUUGAAGUCUAGCAAUUCAACAAGUACCUCCUUUAGAGAAAGAGACAAUAGCCUUACCAACAAGGAGCUAACAAGUCGGCAAGCAGAGGUCAGAUGUGGUCAGCACCAAACGAAACGGCUUCCUCCAGAUAACGCUUCAUCUAACGGUGACAAUGAUUAUAUCAACAUUAUAGGGAGCCCCGGCAUAAAUGGUUCCAGUACUGUAGAGAAGAAUGACAGCUUGAAAAACCAGGAGGACAAUCAAGUACGUCGAGAAACCAUAGAAAGGCCCGAAGACCACGAUCGCGGAAGCAGAGCAAGAACUCUUGGAAUCCUUUCUAAUAAUACUGGUUAUUCCGGGGCCAAAGAUCCGGAGACGAGACGUCAUGAAGCGAUUCGUGAUGAACGGGGCAGGUACUCGAACACAAGGAAAGCUGUCAUGAUCAUUUCCAUCAUCGUGGCGAUCCUCGCCAUCAUUGCAAUGAUCAUUCUUCUCGCUCAGAUUGAAAGUAAAAGAGGAGGUAGAGCCAUUUUCAUGGGAUUCUCGCUCAUUGUCGAAGUCGCUGUUGCCGCCGGCAUGAUCGCGUGGGACAGCAACAAAGUCGAAGUCCUUAUCAGUAUGAACCUUGUCUUCGUUUUCGGAAUCUUCGUCACCGGCCAGCUAGACACUUUGAUCGGCUCCGGGUAA